GCGGGAAUCGAACCCGGGUCGCCGGCGUGCGGUGCAGGUGCCCCAGCCAGUCACGCCACGGCUGGGGCCAUCAUGGGAGUGUUUUGAGCAUAACAUUCAAUAAAGUAACCAUUUCCAUGAGGGAUUCAAUAAUUUGGGUGCGUAAAUGAUAGUUCAAUGGAAUUCAAGUCCAGAUAUUUGCUUUAUUGUCUUUAUUUUUACAGAGGAUUUUCAGGUUGAUGGUCCAAACCAGACUCUUCCUGCUGUGUCAGGUGGAGACCUGGUUCUUCCCUGCUCUGUAAAGCCCAGUGUCAGUGUUGAGGGGAUGACUGUGGAAUGGUUCAGACUGGAUCAACAAGGACAGGCAUCCUUGGUGCAUCUUUACAAGGAUGGCAAGGACCAAAAUAGCAAACAGAUCCAGUCCUACCGGGACAGAACAAACUUGUUCAAAGAUAACCUGAAAAUGGGCAACGCUUCAUUAAAACUCAGCAGUGUCCAGGUGUCUGACGAGGGAGACUACAAAUGCUUCAUCCAGUCUGGAUCAGGCUAUGAUGAUGCCCUCAUUCAAGUCAUUGUCAGAGCUAUUGGAAAAGCACCCCGGAUCAUAUCGGAAGGCGUCAGAUGGGAUGGUGCGAUCAGUCUUGUGUGUGAGUCUGAGGGCUGGUGGCCUGAGCCGGUUCUUGAGUGGCUGGACAGUCAGGGAAAACUCUUGAAUGCAGAAACAACUGAGAUUCACCAGGGUCCAAACGGCUUCGGAGUGAAACGCCGACUGGUUGCUUACAGAAGAGAUACAGAACAUUAUGUCUGCAGACUCACACAGAAAGAUGAAAGAACAGCCUUGGAGAGAGAAGUUGAGAUGGACACCACAUUUCAUAUUUCAGGCAGGACACUAAUAUUUCUGGUUGUUUAG